AUGGUGGCGUUGUGGCUACUGGGCCGGUGUCCUCUUGGCUGCCGUUUGGUGACCGGAUUUGGCCAUGAUUCAAGCCGAUUCGAUAUAUUUUCUGUUGUGUUGUUCACAUCCGGAGAGGUGGAUACACACCAGGAGCAAUAUCAAUGGAUCCCACUCAAGAAAUGGAUUGGUGUGGAAUGCAUCCGGACCAGCUCCACCAAUACGAGUAUCAGCAAUUCAUCACUCGCGGCAAUCAGCUCAUGGACGGGCACCAUGGUCCUGGAGUUUGGAGGUAGCAACAAGAAAACAACGCCACUAUCAUACGUGCCAGCCCCUUGA